AUGUCAACCACUCAAAGAAAUAAAGUCUCUGCUCAAGAAGGAAGGCUUCUUUUAGCCAUUCAAGCACUUAAAAAUGAUCAAAUUUCAAGCAUACGAGCUGCAGCAAAGCUGUAUGAUGUCCCUCGCUCAACCCUCACUCACCGUGUCUCUGGUCGUACAGCACGCGUGGACAUUCCCCAAAAGAACCGAAAACUUAGCCUUACAGAAGAAGAAUCACUUGUUCAAUGGAUUCUAGCCAUGGAUGAGCGAGGUCAGCCACCCCGGGUUGCAGCUGUACGAGAAAUGGCCAAUCUCCUUCUUGCCAGUCGAGGAAUCAACCCCUCACCCACAGUGGGUGAAUGCUGGGUACGAAACUUUGUCAAUCGCUAUGAAGAGCUGAAAUCCAAGUUCUCCCGCAAGUACGACCAUCAACGUGCACUAUGUGAAGAUCCUGAGGUUAUCCGUGGGUGGUUUAAGCUUGUACAAAACACCAUUGCAAAGUAUGGGAUUCUGGAAGAGGAUAUCUACAACUUUGAUGAGACAGGCUUUCAGAUGGGGGUUAUUGGGACUGUCAGAGUGGUGACUGGAUCUGAAAGAGCUAGGAAUCCCAAGCUUGUACAGCCUGGAGAUCGGGAAUGGGUGACUGUUAUUGCUGGGGUCAAUGCAAUGGGCUGGGCUCUCCGUACAAUGAUUAUCCUCAAGGGAAAGAUGCAUCAGUCCUCUUGGUAUGAGACUGAAGGGCUGCCGCAUGACUGGGUGAUUGGAGUCAGUGAGAAUGGCUGGACCACUGACCAGCUGGGCUUGUACUGGCUGAAAGAGGUGUUCAACAAGGAGACUCUACCCCCUGAAUUUGAUCAAUUCUGCUCUGAGAAUCAGAUCAUUGCUCUCUACAUGCCACCACAUUCCUCUCAUCUUCUUCAGCCACUGGAUGUUGGGUGCUUCUCCCCAUUGAAGACUGCAUAUGGACGACAGGUGGAGAAUCAGAUGCGGCUUGGGAUCAAUCAUAUUGACAAGGAGGAGUUUCUGGCCCUAUAUCCUGCAGCUCAGAUGCAGGCUCUGACUGAGAACAACAUCAAGAGCAGUUUCAGGGCAGCUGGGCUGGUUCCAUACAAUCCUGAGCAGGUUCUCUCGCGCCUUAAUACCACAAUGCAUACCCCCACCCCACCUGGGACCUCUCAUAGCUCUCAGGCCUCCUGGGCCACUGCUACACCACAUAAUAUACACCAGCUAGAGCAGCAGACUAAGAAAGUUAAAGGAUAUAUUAAGCACCAAAGAGGCCGUACAUAUGUAGCCCAAGAGGGAGCUUUGGGGGUGGAAGAAGGCUUGGAUCGCGUACGAAGCAUCAAUGAAUGGGAAAGAGGGGUGGUUGAGGCUGCUGAGUCCCAACCACGAAGACGUGCAGCACCACAGUGUAGUGACUUGAAGAGCAUUCUUGUUGUAUGGCAGGUGGGAAGUGGCUCGCUUGCUUAUGUGGCUCGCUCGCUUAUCGAUUACGUUAUGCAAUACGUGGUGAUAGAUACGUGGCGAUAG